ACCCCGCCCCCUCCCUCCGCCCGGUAGUGCUGGCGGCGCUUGUUGUUCAACGGCGGCGGCCGAGCUCGGGUGCAUCCUCGGGCCCGCCGCCGCCGCCGGAGCGCUCGGCCAUGGAGCUAGAGGUGCCGGACGAGGCGGAGAGCGCCGAAGCGGAGGCCGUGACGGCGGAGGCGGCCUGGUCUGCGGAGAGCGGGGCGGCGGCAGGUAUGACCCAGAAGAAGGCUGGCCUUGCAGAGGCCCCCUUGGUGACAGGGCAGCCAGGCCCUGGCCAUGGGAAGAAGCUGGGCCAUCGAGGCGUGGAUGCAUCUGGAGAGACUACAUAUAAGAAGACCACCUCGUCCACCCUGAAGGGUGCCAUCCAGCUCGGGAUCGGGUACACAGUGGGCAACCUGAGCUCCAAGCCGGAGCGUGAUGUGCUCAUGCAGGACUUCUACGUGGUGGAAAGCAUCUUUUUUCCCAGUGAAGGGAGCAACCUCACCCCCGCCCACCACUUCCAGGACUUCCGCUUCAAGACCUAUGCACCUGUUGCCUUCCGCUACUUCCGGGAGCUCUUUGGCAUCCGUCCGGAUGAUUACUUGUACUCGCUGUGCAAUGAGCCACUCAUCGAGCUCUCCAACCCUGGUGCCAGCGGCUCUGUCUUCUAUGUCACCAGCGACGAUGAGUUCAUCAUCAAGACUGUCAUGCAUAAGGAAGCAGAGUUCCUGCAGAAACUGCUGCCUGGAUACUACAUGAACCUCAACCAGAACCCACGGACGCUGCUGCCCAAGUUCUAUGGGCUGUACUGUGUGCAGUCUGGUGGCAAGAACAUUCGCGUGGUGGUCAUGAACAAUGUGCUGCCCCGUGUCGUCAAGAUGCACCUUAAGUUCGACCUCAAGGGCUCCACGUACAAGCGCAGGGCCAGCAAGAAGGAGAAGGAGAAGAGCCUGCCCACCUACAAGGACCUGGACUUCAUGCAGGACAUGCCUGAGGGGCUGCUGCUGGACUCUGACACCUUCGGCGCCCUGGUUAAGACGCUGCAGCGAGACUGCCUGGUGUUGGAGAGCUUCAAGAUAAUGGACUACAGCCUGCUGCUGGGUGUGCACAACAUUGAUCAGCAGGAGCGGGAGCGCCAGGCUGAGGGCGCCCAGAGCAAGGCGGACGAGAAGCGACCCGUGGCCCAGAAGGCUCUGUAUUCCACGGCCAUGGAGUCCAUCCAGGGCGGGGCUGCCCGUGGGGAGGCCAUUGAGACAGAUGACACGAUGGGUGGGAUCCCAGCAGUGAAUGGGCGCGGAGAGCGACUGCUCCUACACAUCGGAAUCAUCGAUAUUCUGCAGUCCUACAGGUUCAUCAAGAAGUUAGAACACACCUGGAAGGCCCUGGUCCAUGAUGGGGACACUGUCUCAGUGCACCGGCCCAGCUUCUAUGCCGAGCGCUUCUUCAAGUUCAUGAGCAGCACCGUCUUCCGGAAGAGUUCCUCCCUGAAGUCUUCUCCUUCCAAGAAAGGGCGUGGUGCCCUGCUGGCAGUCAAACCCCUGGGGCCCACUGCCGCCUUCUCAGCCAGCCAGAUCCCCAGUGAGAGAGAAGAUGUGCAGUACGACCUGCGGGGGGCCCGCAGCUACCCCACGCUGGAGGAUGAAGGCCGGCCUGACCUCCUGCCCUGCACCCCACCGUCCUUUGAGGAAGCCACCACAGCCUCCAUCGCCACCACCCUGUCAUCCACCUCCCUCUCCAUCCCAGAGCGGUCCCCUUCAGACACAUCAGAGCAGCCCCGGUACAGGCGGCGCACGCAGUCUUCAGGCCAGGAUAGCCGGCCCCAGGAGGAGCCCCAUGCAGAAGACCUGCAGAAGAUAACUGUGCAGGUGGAGCCAGUGUGUGGUGUCGGGGUUUUCCCCAAGGAUCAGGGUGAAGGAGUGGCGCUUCCCCCAUCUGGGGCAUCAGCUGCAGCCACUGUGGAAGUCGAUGCUGCCAGCCAGGCCUCAGAGCCUGCCAGCCAGGCCUCAGAUGAGGAGGAUGCGCCCUCUACAGACAUCUAUUUUUUCGCCCAUGGGAGAUACUGGCUUUUCUCUCCCCGUCGUCGCCAACUGCGGGCCGUGACACCAAACCACACAGGCGCUCCCACCGACGAGAGGAGCUGGGUGUACUCCCCGCUUCACUAUAGCGCGCGGCCCGCCUCCGACGGUGAGAGCGACACAUAACUUCUAUGCAGUCCCCAAUCUGGAGCCCAGUGUCCUUCUGCCACCCCAGCCACUUCCUGGAGGCGCUGUCCCCCAAAUGGGGCUCAGCUCAGCAACAUCACCCUGAUGGCCCGGACCUUGUUCUCUCCCUCCCCACUGACGACGCCAUUGGCCAGGCCCAGCCCCAGGAUAGCUCAGGCUGCCAUCUGCUGCUACCUGUGCUUGUUGGGGCGGCAGGAUUUAGAGUGCCCAUCCUGUAUUUAUUUCGGGCCUCUUUUUUUUUUUUUUUUUUUGGACGGAGGAGGAGCACAGGAGUGAUUUUUCUAGGAAAAAGACAAGACACAGAAAACCCAGGAAGAGGCUGUAGCCACUAGCCUUGGUGGAUCAGGCUCUACAUGUCUCACUACUCUGGGGACAGUGGCCGGGUAGCUCCAGUAAAGCCCACACACUCCAGGGCUCUUGUUACGGCCUGCAGAGGAGACAGGCCCUAGAGCCUCUGCUUGCCAUCCCAGGUCUGUGCUCCUGAGUUGGGUUGCCUCAACAGAGCCCCUCUGUCACCUCAGGUUUGGGACCCGAGCAAACCAGGACUUAGUCAUGCCCUGUGGUCUUUCUGCAUCUGUUUACUGCCACGGGAAGGAUGUCCCCGAGCAUGAAUGUCUUGUAGCUACAAUCACCUGAUGCUGACUGGGAGGGUCCAUGUUGUCUGCCUCUCAUCCCCAUGAAGCCCUGAGCUGGUGCCGUGGGUCCUCUCAACUACCAGGGGAUUCUCUGCCCCAAGAAGGGCACAGCCAGGCUUCAGGCUGCAGAGUGAGAGCUGGGUCCUGAGACACCCUGGCUGAAGAAAAUAUGGAAGUGACAGCAAAGCCAACGAUGUCCACUGAACCCAGGGAGAUUGCGGCCUCAGCUUCCUCCCCUGGGCAGAUCUCAGUGUGUUGGGUACAAUCCAGUCAUGUCAUUCCCCUGCUUCGUGGAUGCUCCACCCAUGGUGCGCUGGUAGGAGGAGUCAAGCUGAAGUGUUCUGAAAGCCAGCAGCUCCAGUAUACUGCUUUUGGAUCAGCUGCAUAGGCCUCUUGGGUUGCACCUUCAGGGACGGAGGUCAGGACCUGGCUGGCUUCCAAGGACUGCAGCAGCCUGUGGAGGCAGUGAGGAACAACAGGAGAGAUGGACAGGUGCCUGUCCCUGGACCUCAUGGCAGUCCCCUUCCUGUUUUGGAAUGCACUUUGAACACACUGGUGAGCUGCUGUGGGAGUUAAUUCAGGGGCUGCAAAGGCAACUUGGGGUUGGGCCUUGCCUAGACCCAGCAAGCAUGAUGUCACACCUGUCAGCCCAGCACUUGCAAAGUUAAGGCAAGAGGGUUGUGGCAAGUUCCAGACUAGCCUCAGCUACAGAGUGAAAUGAGACCAAAAGAAAAGACUCCUAGGGCCAGCCCUACCACUCAGUGGGCAGAGCUCACCGAGCUGCAUAAGCCCGGAGUUCCAUUCUGCCACCACAGAAAGCAGAUGGGGCGGCCCAUAGCUGCUGCCCCUCACUUGGGAAGCAGAGGCAGAAAGCAGGGGUGCAGGGUCAUCCUUGGCUGUAACCAGUUGGAGGCCAGCCUGGGCUACAUGAGACCUUCUCAAAAGAGAAUCUGUAAAUAUCUUUGUGACUCCCCAUCAUGUCCCCAUCCUGUUUUCUCCAACGGCCGAUAUCGCCCCAGCGUGGACGGUGUGUGAACUGUACUGUAAGGCCCAGGGGCGCCUCCAAGGCUGAAGAGGUGCCCUCCCCGGCCCGCCUCUGUUCUCCUCAAGCCAUCCCAGCAAGUCCCCUGUCCAGCCCCACACCAACCUCAGUGCAAUAUGCCCUCCCCGUGGGGUCCCUUGGCUCGGUACUGUCUCUGCAGCCCUUUGUCUCUCACCCCUAGCUCCUCUCUUCGGUGGUUAAAAAUCGCAUCGCACAUCCCCCCACAAUCCUGUUUUUAUUGUUAAAUCCAUUCUGUAGACUAUAAACCUCGUGUGUCUUACUCAUCAGGACUUGGGAUCCCUGGUCCUCAGCCCAUGUGGUCUGGUGUUUGACAAUCCAAGUACAGUGUCCUCUUGGCACCAACCAGAGGGGCCUGUCCCUCCAGCGCAGUCGGCAAAUGUAUGCAGCCCAGGUCCCCGCCCUACCUGUCACAGUCCCUCUUUUUGAGAUCUGUAAUAAAUCCUCUAAUAAGAAACA